AUGGAGUCGACCCUCAAGGAAUGUUUUGGGUUUUCGAAAUUUCGCCCCUACCAGAAAGAAAUUGUGGAGAAAAUUUUAGAUGGUAAAGAUUGCUUGGUGGUUAUGGCCACCGGCAGUGGCAAGUCCUUGUGCUAUCAGGUGCCACCAUUGAUUGCGAAAAAGACUACUGUUGUCAUAAGCCCUCUUAUUUCUUUGAUGCAAGAUCAGGUAAUGGCAUUGAAGCAAAGAGGUAUAAGAGCUGAGUAUCUGUCAAGUGCUCAGACUAACCGUAGUGCACAUGGUAAUGCUGAAAGUGGCCAGUAUGAUAUAUUGUACAUGACUCCAGAGAAGGCCUGCGUGCUUACAACCAGUUUCUGGUCGAGAUUGCUAAUUUCGGGAAUAUGUCUCCUGGCAGUUGAUGAAGCACAUUGCAUUUCAGAGUGGGGUCAUGAUUUCAGGGUGGAGUAUAAACAAUUAGGUAGGCUGCGGGAUGUUCUACCAAAUGUUCCAUUUGUUGGCUUAACGGCAACUGCUACUGAAAAGGUUCGCACUGACAUUAUAAAUUCACUGAAGAUGAAAAAUCCUCAUGUAACUAUUGGCUCAUUUGAUCGUCAAAAUCUCUUCUAUGGUGUUAAAUAUUCCAACCGCAGUUCAGCUUUUGUUGAUGAGCUUGUGAAGGAGAUUUCUAAAUAUACAAGCAGCAGAAAUUCGACUAUAGUAUACUGUACAACUGUCAAAGAUGCUGAACAGAUUUUCAAGUUCCUUCACAAGGAUGGAAUUGAUGCUGGAAUCUACCAUGGCCAAAUGUCUAAUAAAGCACGUGAGGAGUCACACAGGGCAUUCAUCAGAGAUGAAGUUUAUGUCAUGGUUGCAACUAUAGCAUUUGGCAUGGGUAUUGACAAGCCUAACGUUAGACAUGUGAUAAACUAUGGCUGCCCAAAGAGUUUGGAAUCAUAUUACCAGGAAAGUGGACGAUGUGGUAGAGAUGGCAUUCCUUCAACCUGCUUGCUGUAUUAUGCAAGAAGCGACUUUGGGAAAGCCGAUUUUUACUGUUCAGAAGCACGCACAGCAGAGCAAAGACAAGCAAUUAUGGAGUCAUUCAUGGCAGCACAACGCUAUUGUUCGCUGACAACUUGUCGAAGAAAGUAUCUUCUGGAGUACUUCGGAGAGAAAUACGGCUCUGUCAAUUGUGGAACUUGUGAUAAUUGCACUAGCUCAAAGAAUAAGAGCGAUAUGUCUCGAGAGGCAUUUCUUUUAAUCGCUUGCAUUAAAGCAUGUGGAGGUCACUGGGGUCUCAACCUGCCAUUAGAUGUUCUUCGUGGAUCUCGAUCCAAGAAAAUUCUUGAUGCUCAGUUUGAUAAGCUUCCGUUCCAUGGCCUCGGAAAAGAGAUGCCAGCAAAUUGGUGGAAGGCUCUAGCUGAUCAGUUGAUUUCAUGUGAUUAUUUGGUGGAGACCUUCAGAGAUGUGUUCAAAACUGUAAGUGUUGGACCCAAAGGAGUCGACUUCUUGAAUUCUUGCAGUCCUGAUCAUCAGCCUCCGUUAUAUCUGCCAUCACCUUCAGAAAUAAUUGGUGAUGUGAAAGUCACAGAUGUAGUUGGUGAGGCUGGGGUUGAUGGUUUGACUCCUCUAAAAUUCGAGUGGUUGUCCCAGGAAGAGGCACAGUUCUAUAAAAUGCUUGUAGAAGAGAGAAUGAAGAUAGCAAAAAAAACUGGAACUGCUCCAUAUGCAAUAUGUGGUGAUCAAACAUUAAGAAGGAUAGCAUUGACAAGGCCGUCAAGUCGAGCAAGGCUAGCAAAUAUAGAUGGUGUGAACCAGCACUUUCUAAAUACACGUGGAAAUUGUUUGCUACGAAGCAUUCGGCAUCUAUCAAAAGAGUUGAAUCUUGCUUUGGACGUGGAGCCAAAUGCACAAACUCCUACGCCAAGAAAGGUUUUCACUGUACCAAACAAUAAGAGGUUAUUGCCAGCAAGGUUUGAAGCUUGGAGAAUGUGGCAAGAAGAUGGUCAUACAUUCCAUAAAAUUGCCAAUUUCCCUGGUCGAGCAGCUCCAAUUAAAGAACAAACUGUAAUUGGGUAUGUUCUUGAAGCUGCAAGAGAGGGACGUACAAUCGCUUGGACAAGAUUCUGUGAGGAGAUUGGAUUAACACAGCAGAUAUUUUCGGAUAUUCAGGAUGUUGUGUCAAAAGUUGGCAAAGAGAAGCUAAAGCCUAUCAAAACUGAAUUACCGGAAGAAGUAACUUAUAGCCAGAUCAAGUCCUGCUUGGUGAUGCAAGAGAUGGGAAUGUCGACUGAAGUUAUAUCAUCUGGACAUCAUCACGAAUGCGGAGUAGAGGGUCAAGCCAGUGGUGAAUCACUUGUGGACAAUGUAAAUGGUGGUAGUUCACAGGGGAAAUCUGAAGACACAGUUUCUGAUAUCCUCGUAGGGAUUGCAAACACAGCACAGUCAGUAUGUGUCGAGGCAACAGAGAGUUCCAUAUUACGCUGGGUCGAUAAUUUUGAUGAUGGCGAAAAUGUGCAGGUUUCAUUAUCUGGACUCUUGGAACACUUCAGUGGAUCAAAGGAAGAGGCAAUAGUAGAUCUGCUAAACAAUCUGGAGAAAUUUGAGUGCAGCAGUUGGAUUAAAAAUAUGUCUUGGUGCACCAUUGAGUCGGAUCCUGGUGUUUUCACUGAACUCAUACAGCAGAUGCAAGUUAAAGGCGUGCAGGUUGAGGAGUUGUAUUCACUGGAUGUUGAUUCUUUAAACAAUUUAAGACCUAUAUAUGGCCUAAUAUUUCUUUUCAAAUGGCGUCCCGGUGAAAAGGAUGACCGACUCGUGAUUAAGGAUCCAAACCCGAACUUGUUUUUUGCCAGCCAGGUUAUCAAUAAUGCAUGUGCAACGCAAGCAAUCUUGUCUAUUCUGAUGAACUGUCCAGAUGUCGACAUUGGCCCGGAGCUGUCAGCACUGAAAGAAUUUACCAAAAACUUUCCACCUGAGCUUAAAGGUUUGGCUAUCAAUAACAGUGAAGCAAUUCGCACGGCACAUAAUAGCUUUGCAAGACCCGAGCCGUUUGUACCUGAAGAGCAGAAAUCUGCAGGGAAAGACGAUGAUAUCUAUCAUUUUAUAAGCUAUAUUCCAGUUGAUGGUGUACUAUAUGAGCUUGACGGAUUGAAGGAGGGACCAAUCAGUCUUGGGCAGUGCCCGGAUGGGCAAGAUGAUAUGGGAUGGUUACAAAUGGUACAGCCCGUGAUUCAAGAACGCAUCGAGAGGUAUUCCCAAAAUGAAAUACGGUUCAACCUAAUGGCAAUUAUAAAGAACAGGAAAGAGAUGUAUACAGCCGAGCUCAAGGAUCUCCAGAGGAAGAGGGAAAGAAUCCUCCAGCAACUGGCGGCCUUCCAGUCAGAGAGGCUGGUCGAUAGCAGUAAUGUGGAAGCGCUGAACCAAACUCUUUCAGAAAUCAAUGCCGGGAUCGAGGCUGCUACUGAGAAAAUCUUGAUCGAGGAAGAAAAAUUCAAGAAAUGGAGAACAGAUAAUAUCCGUCGGAAACACAAUUACAUUCCGUUUUUGUUCAAUUUUCUGAAGAUCCUUGCUGAGAAAAAACAUCAUUUCGAUUUUGCUUUCGAUUCAAGCUUUAAGGAGGAAACCCAAGAAAUUAUCUUUCACGCCCUCGACAACUUGAGAUUGAUUUUUUCCUGCCUCUUCCACUCAUGA